AUGAGCGACGAACCUGUAGAGCUCACCAACCUUGGAGCGUCCAAGGUUGACACCCCACCAGAGGAUGCUACACCACCCGUUCAAUACCCGCGUGGAAUCCGCUUAGCUUUAAUAACUGUCGGCCUCGCCCUUUCCAUCUUUCUCGCUGCUUUAGACUCCACAAUUAUCGCUACCGCGAUCCCGAGUAUCACCACGCAAUUCCGCAGCAUCAGCAGCCUGGCCUGGUAUGGCUCGUCCUAUGCAAUCACCAACACCGCAUUCCAAUCCGCGUGGGGCAAAGCCUAUCAGUACUUCAGCCUCAAAGCCACCUUCAUGUCUGCAAUUGCGGUGUUUGAAGUUGGCAAUGUGAUAUGCGCAACAGCACCAACGAGCGAGGUUUUGAUCUUCGGGAGGAUCGUGUCCGGCAUGGGCGGUGGCGGAGUUAUGACGGGUGCGUUCAUCAUCGUCGCAAUGACAGCUGGGCCACAAUAUAGGGCCGCCUAUAUGGGUGUGUUCGGUGUGACUUUUGGGUCUGCAAGCGUCGUAGGACCGCUACUAGUGAGGCAUUAUAAGGUCAAGGUCGGUGUGCUGACACUACACAGGAUCAGUCUACCGAUCGGCUUCGCUGCCGCGCUCACGAUGUUCCUCUGCUUCCAUGACCCAGGAAAGCCCAAGGAUGUACCUCUCCGCGAGAAGCUUCUAAACUUGGAUCUUAACGGCGCCAUCUUGCUAUCUGGUUGCUUCUCUUGCUUCAUCCUAGCUACGCACUGGAUUGGCAUCAUGCCUCCGACCAGUGCUCGUAUCAUUGGCAGCUUUAUCGGUUUCGUAGGCCUUUUCAUCUGCUUCGCGAUCAACGAACGCUAUAUGGGAAGCUGCGCAAUGGUACAAGCUCGCGUGUUCAAGAACAAGCUCGUCUUCGCCAAUCUGCUAUAUGCUUCCUUCAUCGCGGGCGCCUUCUUCCCACUCAUGUAUACACUGCCAAUCCAGUUCCAAUCCGUCAACAACAACACGGCUUCGCAGAGUGGUGUCCGACUUAUCCCACUCGUCAUGGGCGUCUCACUCUUCACCAUGAUAUCUAAUGGAACGCUCACCUUCUGGCGCCAUUACAAGCCCUUUUUCUUAGUGGGCGCAAUUCUGGCAGUAGCUGGAAACGUAAAGAUACACUCCUUGGAUGCCAGCACACCGACCAGGGACUGGGUCGGCUUCGAGCUCUUGACAGCCACGGGAGUAGGCCUCGCUCUUCAGAUCCCGAUGAUUGCGAACCAAGCCCUCGUUUCUGCUGACGACUUGGCCGCUGUAACAUCGAUGUCGCUCUUCAUGGAGAAUACUGGCACCGUCUUUUCUGUCGCAUCGAGUGAAGCGGCAUUCACGAACGGACUGCUUUCAAGCCUCGCCCGCAACCUGCCCGAACUGGACGCGAAGGAGAUAAUGGAUGCUGGCGCGACGCAGAUCCGCGGGCUGUUCUCAGGUCAUGAGCUUGAUCAGGUAUUGAGAGGGUAUCUGGAUGGCUGCAAGACCAGCCAUGUCAUUCCCGUAACCUGUGGCGCAGUCUGUGCGGCAAUCAGUUUGUCCAACGCUGUGCCGGCGACCUUACAAGGGAUAAAGAAGCGGCUUGGGAAAAGCCAUGAUCGAUGA